AUGUUCCAAAAGGUUUCAGACAAGUUUCACAGGAAACAGCAAUCAUCCGCAUCCAACAAGUCAACUCCAUCAUCACCUUCCACCGCAUCAAGACAGACAAGUAGUCCCGCACCACAAGCACAGACGCAAACAUCAGCGCCCCUUGCACCUCCAGUGGAUGCACGACCAACCCAUACUCCUAUGGAGGGCAUCGAAGCUGGAGCAGAUGAGGAGAGAAUUAGAGAAAAGGCAAGGGAUGCGCAAGAACAGGCUGCUCAAGCGCAAGCCAACUUGCAAAUUGCUGCUCAACAAGCCCGUGUCGCUGCAAUCAACGCGGCUGCCACUCAAGCUGCUCUAGAUACAGUCACACCUUCAGCUCCGGACAGCGCACCACCUACCGCUGCUCAGCCACUGCGAAAAACUGCCGGACGUUAUGCCCUCUCCGAUUUUUACAUUGAAAGAACCCUUGGAACUGGAUCUUUCGGUCGUGUCCAUCUCGUCCGAUCCAAACAUAACGGUCGCUUCUACGCGGUCAAAGUGUUGAACAAAGAAAAAGUAAUCAAGAUGAAACAAGUCGAACAUACAAAUUCUGAGCGUGAGAUGUUGGUUCGAGUGCGACACCCUUUCCUCGUAAACCUCUGGGGAACGUUCCAAGAUGUCAACAACUUGUACAUGGUUAUGGACUUCGUUGCCGGUGGAGAGUUAUUCAGUUUGCUCCGUAAAAGUCAGCGGUUCCCAAACUCUGUCGCCAAAUUUUAUGCCGCAGAAGUCGCCCUCGCCCUCGAUUACCUUCACUCCCUCGACAUCAUCUACCGUGAUCUCAAGCCUGAGAAUCUGUUGCUCGGCGCAGAUGGGCAUGUAAAAGUGACAGAUUUUGGUUUCGCCAAACAUGUACCUGAUAUUACAUGGACUUUGUGUGGUACACCGGAUUAUCGUUACAACAAGAGUGUCGAUUGGUAUGCUCUUGGUGUUCUUGUCUUUGAAAUGCUUAUCAUCGCGGGCAAAGUACGGUAUCCAUCCUAUUUCGAUCCCCUUGCCAAAGAAUUACUCAAGAAUCUUCUUGUGGGCGAUUUGACAAAACGAUACGGAAAUUUGCGGGCGGGAUCGUCAGAUAUAUUUGCUCACGGCUGGUUUGCCGAAGUGGAUUGGGAUAAACUCUACAGAAGGGAGAUUCCGGCACCAUACGUACCAAAGAUUGAAGGAGAAGGAGACGCGAGCCAAUUUGAUCGAUAUCAAGAAGCAGACGUCAGUGCGUACGGGAAAGAAGGGACAGGACCAUAUGAUCACUUUUUCACAGAAUUUUAA